AUGAGAGACAAAUUUAUAAGUGACACCCUAGGUUCCACAAAGAAAUUCCUGAAUAAUAAUAAACAACUCUUAGUCCUCAAUGCUGAUAAAGGAAAUGUAACGGUAGUAAUGGAAAAAUCUGAAUAUGAUGCAAAAAUGCAAGUAUUGGUGAAUGACAUAGCCACUUACAGAGUUUUAAAACGCGACCCGACGAAUAAAUUACAGGACAAGAAUAAUGACAUAGUGGAAAGAAUGUACAAUAACAAAAUCAUUGAUUUGAAUGAAAAGAAUUCCCUUAUGUGUAAAACGGCUAACCCACCGAGAGUUUAUGGAUUGCCGAAAAUCCAUAAAGAUGGCACUCCACUCAGGCCUAUUUGUUCGUCCGUCAAUUCUCCGUCGUAUAAUUUAUGUAAAUAUCUCACUAACAUUCUGAAAAAUUUAACAAAGUCCUCCAAAUAUAAUGUUAAAGAUGCAAUGGAGUUCAAAAACAAGAUUAAAGGCUCUUAUGUAUAUGAUGAUGAGAUUUUAGUGUCAUUCGAUGUUGUGUCCUUAUUUCCCAGCAUACCCGUAGAUUUGGCCAUCGAACUCAUAGCCUCAAGAUGGGACGAAAUUAAAAACCUAACCUUUUUGACGAAAGAACUAUUCUUGACAAUACUAAAAUUCUGCGUUAAGGAGAACCGUUAUUUUAAGUACAAUGAUAAAAUCUACGAGCAACGAUCAGGAAUGCCAAUGGGUUCUCCAGCCUCACCUAUAAUAGCGGACAUAGUCAUGGAGGAAUUACUGGCAAAAUUUGAAAGGGACUCCACUAACAAACCGCGUUUACUGACCAAAUACGUGGAUGAUCUAUUUGCUAUUAUUAAAACCCAAGAUAUGGACAUAAUGCUACACACACUCAACAACUACAAUAAGUCGAUUAAAUUUACAAUAGAAAAAGACAAUAAUGGACAGUGA